GGUUUGCCCAGCCGCCCGCUGCUACAGUGCAAUCUUUUCAGCCAGGACUUUGGGCCAAAGGGCUGCUGACAGCACCGCGUUCUCAUCUUCACUCCGCCUCAUUACACUGGACCAGCAAACACUGACGUGGAGCAGCUUUGACUAGCUCAUGCCCGCCCGACCCCAGCGAGGGGGCAAAGGAGCUUCGGGUCCUGGGGCAGUCGUGCACUCCUGCUGCUGCCUUGCUGCGGAUGGUUCCGUUGCGUCACCUCUUGGCACAACUGCCUAACGAUUAGGCUGCACCGUCCCAUUUUAUUGGCAGCUGGAGAAGUUACAGGUCAGUAAGUGGAAAUGACACGUGAACGCUGUGCUUAAUGAAAAAGCCCCUGCCAGGAACUUGUGUGUGUUGUGUUGCCUCAGAGAACAAACAUUAUUGCAAGCUUCGCCCGGGGUUGCUGCCCUUGAAAAUGAAGAAAGUCCAGUAGAAUCCCAGCAUGGAAUUUCCAGAAAAGUCAUAGUUUAAAACUUCAUAAAAACAGGAAGCACGUGGACAGGUCCAAGGUAGAUUCACUUGCCCAGUUUGAGAGAAAGGAUAAAAUAAUGUGUGACCAAUCUGAAAAUAGCACGGAGGAGGUCAGAUGGCAGAAGGUGUUGUAUAAGCGCCAGCCCUUCCCUGAUAACUACGUGGACCGUCGGUUCCUGGAGGAGCUCCGGAAGAACAUUUAUGCCCGGAAGUACCAAUACUGGGCUGUGGUAUUUGAAUCCAGUGUGGUUAUACAACAGCUGUGCAGUGUCUGUGUUUUUGUGGUUAUCUGGUGGUAUAUGGACGAGGGUCUUUUGGCGCCCCAUUGGCUUUUAGGGACUGGCCUAGCGUCUUCAUUGAUUGGCUAUGUCCUGUUUGAUCUCAUUGAUGGAGGGAAAGGGCGGCAGAAGAGCGGGCGGACCCGCUGGGCCGACCUGAAGAGUGCCCUUGUCUUCAUAACUUUCACGUAUGGUUUUUCCCCAGUGCUGAAAACCCUGACUGAGUCUGUCAGCACAGACACCAUCUACGCCAUGUCGGUCUUUAUGCUGUUAGGCCACCUCAUCUUCUUCGACUAUGGUGCCAAUGCUGCCAUUGUGUCCAGCACUCUGUCCCUGAACAUGGCCAUUUUUGCUUCUGUCUGCCUGGCCUCACGGCUGCCCCGGUCCCUACAUGCCUUCAUCAUGGUCACCUUUGCCAUCCAGAUUUUCGCCCUGUGGCCCAUGUUACAGAAGAAACUGAAGGCGUGCACUCCCCGCAGCUAUGUGGGGGUCACGCUGCUUUUUGCAUGCUCGGCCUUCGGGGGCCUGCUGUCCAUCAGCGCCGUGGGGGCCGUACUCUUUGCCCUUCUGCUGAUUUCCAUCUCUUGUCUCUGCCCUUUCUACCUCAUUCGCCUGCAGCUUUUUAAGGAAAACAUUCAUGGACCUUGGGAUGAAGCUGAAAUCAAAGAAGACUUGUCCAGGUUCCUCAGCUAGUUGAGGGACCUGAGUGGCACUUAGAAGGCAGGUCAAUAGAAAAGGGUCCGGCCUUUCUGCUAGUUUGUGGAUGGAAAAGCUUUCUGGUUUUCUCUGAAAUUAUUACCUCUCACUUAUUAUUUGCAGCAACAAAUGAAGCGACAUGAUUUCUAUUUAUUAAAAAAUUAACACAGUCAUCA